AUGAAUAUCUAUAGAACUACUAUACCUAUCUCUACUAGAACUUCAAGCUUGCUGAUAAGUCUAUAUCCUCAACAGGGAAGGAAUAUCUCCGCUAAGCUAGCGUCUAAUAAGAACGCGGUCACGUAUUUUGAAAAAAUCGCGACUAAGGACGCUAUUAUUGCCAUUUUUAAGCAUCUAGAAGGCCAGGAAGCAAUACAUACGAAAUACAGAUUCAGCGAGCUCCGAUUUACAAGCGCCGGAAGCCAACCAGCGAACGAGGGAGAUCCGAGUGAGGACAGGCUAGAGCGACGUUUACAGACCGGGCCGAAUAAGCGAGUGGCAUCCGAGCAGAGAGUAAAGCCUCGGCCAACAAAUCCCGAUAGGUUCGGACUCCGAACGCAACUUAGCGGAGAUAAAAGCAUGGCGUUUGUUUACGAUUAUAAGGCAGCCCACAAGGUUGUAGCUGAGCAUGUUAAAUUAGCUGUUGUAAAGGAGAUAUUGUUUAUGGAAGUCAUUAAGCAACUUAAUAGCAAUAAGUCCAGGAUAGGUGCCGAGCUAGAACAGUUCAGAGCAGAAGCACGGAUCGCCAUAGCACUCACGCAAGUCUUCGACUAUAUGGUUAACUACAGGGUCACGCUCUAUUGUCAUCCGUGUAUGCUGGAUGAAGAUGUGGGCGAGACGUCAGCCGCAAACUGGGCCGAUAAAAUAAUCUAUACAGCAGUGGCUCAGCUAUCCAGCUUAGUCUUAUUAAGUCUUCGAUCUAAUACGCUUCAAGGGGCUAUUCUUGACGCAUCUCUGGAGAGCGUGAACGCAGCACUGGCGAGGUGGCCAGAACUGUAUGAGGAUGCUGCGCAUUUCCUCUCCGAAGAGGAUAUAGAGUUAUCACUAGAUGAUUUCACAUCCAGUGCAGCCCCGACUAGCCGGGUAGUUUCCUUGCGGACGAGAUCAUUAUAUGGGAUCUCAGCGUUACGUCGCCGGGAUCACGAUAGCGAUGAAGAGGAGGAGCCAGAGGGCCGCUUACCCUCGACGCAGACAACAUCAGAUAUGGCCAAACGGAAGGUCGGUCCGUCGGAUAGUAGCUCCGAAGAAGACGCCGAAAUGCCUAGUUCAGCACCCACCAGACAAUACUGCUCGCAGGCUUGUCUAUUAGGUCUCAAGAAGGGUCAGGACCUUGAUAACGGUUGUCCUAAUAUGCUCUCUUAUCGUAUAGUGAGUGAAGCUAGCACGCAAUAUCUUAUCAACGCUAACGAGUUCACUCGUCUAGUCAGCUUACAGUUAUACAAAGACCCCUACCGAAAUUGCUAUGCCUUAGAUAGGUGGGGUAAAAAGGGAGCGAUAGGCAUAUUAUUCAGGCUGGAACUUAAGCUAUAUAGCUACACAUUCAUCGGCAAGGGGAUAUAG